GUUCACGUCUUGCGAAACUAAAGGUCAUUGUCUGAUAACCGAAAGCAGUAAUAAAAAAACUAAAAAAUUGUCUUUACGAAUACCAUAGAGCAUAUACACAACGUCGUACAUCAUCAGUUGUAGUAAUUAUCUUGAUCGUGCAACGUAAAAAACUAUCAAUUUAUUGUAACUGCAACAAAAAACAUUAAACCAAAAACGUAAUGAUUAAGCAGAGUAUUUUAUUGUUUGUGUUUUUCUCAUCGACAAAAGCAUUUGCGAUUAAUGAUGCCAGUUCAAAUCGUUUAUACCAUCGCCUCCGACGCAGUGUUAGUGUCAGUACACCAAACAUAAUCGAAAUUAAUAACGAAUUAGCAGAAUGGCCUUUGAAUGAGAAUGAUUCUAUCAAAAACGAUUUACUGAUAGGUCAAUGUGGUAUUCGUGAUCAGAGAGUUCACACCGAAGAUAUAUUGGUGGAGAAUUCAGGGCCGAGCACACUGAACGGAACGUUAGAGAUCUACGUUAACUCACCCAUUACAAUAGCUUGUGUUAAAGUUGAAGAUCAAAUUGGUGCGGGAGCAAUACCAAGCUUCAAUUCCGGCGGUCCAGGACACAAUUGGAUAUUUAUUGACGUUAAGUGCAGAUAUGGGAAAGGUUUCCACUUCAAAAUCCAUAUAUUCGCAGAAACGAAUACAACAAACACAGACAUUGUCUAGUUCAAUCAAUCGGUUUAUGUGUAAAUAAA